AUGGCCGCUUCUCGCUCCGUCAUGCGGCUGGGCUCUGGCCGCUCCCUGGCGUCGGUUGCCCGGUCGUCCCGCAAUUGCCGUGCUUUCUCGUCGACCCCUCUGCAGCAGGUAGCCAAAGCGACCACAGCUGGCACCGAUACCCCCAACAUGCGCCACGCCGAGCGCCCCCCUCCCGGCCCUCUCCGCGCGCCCGUCGUCAACCCUGCCGACAAGUACCAGGACAAGGCCGAUAGCCUGCACCAGUAUGGCCAGUACAUCAUGGCCUGUCUGCCCAAACACGUUCAGCAGUUCACCGUAUGGAAGGACGAGCUGUGUAUCUACGUCCCUCCCUCUGGCGUCAUCCCCACGUUUACCUUCCUCAAAUACCACACAUCGGCCGAAUUCACGACGAUCUCCGACAUCACCGCUGUCGACUACCCUACUAAGGACCAGCGCUUCGAGGUCGUCUACAACCUUCUCAGUGUCCGAUACAACUCCCGCAUCCGUGUCAAGACCUACGCCGAUGAGGCCAGCCCGGUGCCCAGUGUCACUGGUUUGUAUGAAGGAGCUCUGUGGUACGAGCGUGAGGUCUACGACAUGUUCGGUGUUUUCUUCACUGGACACCCCGACCUGCGCCGUAUCAUGACCGACUACGGAUUCGACGGUCACCCUCUCCGCAAGGACUUUCCCUUGACCGGAUACACCGAGCUCCGAUACGAUGAGGAGAAGAAGCGCAUUGUCAUCGAGCCUCUUGAACUUGCGCAGGCCUUCCGAAACUUCGAGGGAGGUACUGCCGCCUGGGAGCCUGUUGGCGCUGGUCGGGAUAGGAGACCUGAGACGUUCAAACUCGCUACUCCUAAGCCCGAGCCGCCAAAGGAGGAGGAAAAGAAAUAG